AUGAGCCAUCAAGAAAUCAUACAAUAUGUACCUUUUUUGUCUUUUGUGCACCCAUCUUUCUGGCAUAAUUUAACAGAAUUAAAAUUAAACGUCGACAGACUAAAUGAAAACACUAAGCAAAUUUAUGGGAGAUUUACUUAUCGGGAGGAUAUCGGGUCAGUGUUUGAGGUUGAUGGCACAUCAUUUAAUAAAGACCCAGAUGAUGAACACUUCUACUUAAAUGUAACUGGAACUGUUAUGAAUAAGAAUACAAUUGAAGAUUUUAAAAACAUUGACAAAGCAUCUUUGUUAAAUAGCUUAGGAGAAAUUAUAUGGCAAAAUAUUAAAACUAAAACUUGGAUUGAAUAUCCAAACACACUCUUGAACUUUUUUUUGUUAUCAUUUGCAGACCUGAAGAAGUUUCAUUAUUAUUACUGGUUUGCAUUUCCAACACCUAGCCAGCCAACAGUUCACUUAAAAGAAAAGAGUACAGCACUUUCAGAACACUUUAACAAUAAAUAUUUAUCCCAAAUAUCUGAAGAGUAUCAAGCAUUGGAUGUGAGACAAAGAUGCUUUUUUAUCAUUUCUGCAGAUUCAAAUAAUGUGCAAGUCCAUAAACUAUCAGAUGUCUUCAAUAAAGAAAAUGGUGAGAUGAAGAUAGAUAUUUCAAAUUUGUACUUUGCUUUUUCUGAUCCAAGUAAUUCAGAGAACCCAGGGUGGUCUUUGAGAAUUUUCCUUGCAGCUUUAUUAGAGCAUUCAUUGCAGUUGUAUCAAUCUGAAAUAAAGGUUGUAGGUGUUAGAAUAGCGAAAAAUGGAUCAGUGGAGAAAAGUCGUCUUUUUACAAUAAUUACUCCACAGAGUACUGAGUCAGUAAAUGGCAAAGCAUGGGUGGGAUGGGAAAGGAAUAAUAAGGGAAAUUUUGGACCGAAAUUAGCUAACAUGUCUGCGUCAAUGGAUCCUGUGCGGUUGGCAGACACUUCGUCUGAUUUAAAUAUAAAACUGAUGCAAUGGAGGUUAGUUCCCAAGCUUGAUGUGGAAGUGAUGAAGAAAACCAAGUGUUUAUUGCUAGGUGCAGGUACUUUAGGGUGUCACGUAGCAAGAGAUUUAUUGGCAUGGGGCUUUCGGCACAUCUCUUUCAUAGACAAUGGAAAAGUCUCCUUUUCAAAUCCGACACGACAAGUUUUGUUUAAUUAUGAAGAUUGUUUGAAUGGUGGUCAAAUGAAGGCUGUUGCUGCUGCCGAGAAUUUGAAACGAAUAUUACCUACUGUGGUAAGCAAUGGCUCUGCUCUGCACAUUCCAAUGCCGGGUCAUCCUAUUGGUGAAUCUUUGAAAGAGGAAACAAUAUCAAAUAUAAAGCAAAUUGUAGAAGCAAUUCAAGAACAUGAUGUCAUAUUUCUCCUAUUAGAUACAAGAGAAGCGAGGUGGCUACCGACCUUGCUUGCUGCUCAUUAUGGAAAGAUCACAGUAAAUGCAGCACUAGGCUUCGACAGCUAUUUAGUAAUGCGCCACGGACUGGGUUAUGCUGAGAUAAAUAGUGAUGUUAGAAGUUCCUAUGUAGACGGUUCUCAAUUGGGUUGCUACUUCUGCAAUGACGUCACGGCACCAGGCAACUCUAUAAAAGACCGAACGCUGGACCAGCAAUGCACUGUGACACGCCCCGGUGUUGCGGCAAUAGCCGGCGCUUUGGCCGUCGAGUUGUUGGUGGGGCUAUUACAACAUCCACAAAGGAUCAACGCACCAGCUCCAUACAAUCUAACUGAAGAAGACUCAAGUUUUGACGGAGUUCUAGGGCCCAUUCCUCAUUCAAUUAGAGGGUUCCUACAUUCUUAUCAAACUGUUACCCCAACCUGUGCCAAAUUCAAGCAAUGUAUUGCUUGUUCUAAUGUCGUCUUAGCGAAAUAUAAAGAGGAGGGUAUAGAAUUCUUGAUGAAAGUGUUCAACAGCGGUACUUAUUUGGAGGAAAUUACUGGUCUGAAAGAGCUGCACUUGACUGCAGAAAUUGCUGAUGUGUUGACGUUUUCUGAUGAAGACUAA